GGUAUUCUUUGAUACCUGGUCCUCUGUCUGUGACUUUUUUCUCGAGAGGUUCUUUUAUGGUUUCCUAGUUUCUGCGCAUCAUGAUACGAUGUCUGGUUUGAAAGCGUCGGCGUCUAGUGGCUGUCAUUUAUGUGCUCUUUUUUUGAGUAUACUACAAAUUACGCAUUUUGGUGCUCAUGAGAGUGGUGAUCACUUACUGCUUGAUGAACUGAAGCCUUACCGCAUAGAACUUUGGAAUGAGGGCCGAAACCGCGGCGAGACAAGAGAUCUUUGGCGUAUAUCGCUCGAAUUCUGGAGUAUUAAGGAUAAUAUUCGAAGUACAAAGACGGCUGAUGCAAAAAUGAUACUAGACGAUGUUUCGGAUUCUGAACAUUGGAAAUGCCAGUCUUAUAUUGAUAGAAAUCUUGGCCAGAAAAACUUGGAGAGCUUUCAAUUAGGUUAUGCUGAAAAGUCUACGGGCCUUGUGCAGGCAUGGCUUCACGACUGCGACUUAAAUCAUAGUGCUUGUAGACAACAAAAAGAAGCUUUUGUUCUACCUACACGACUAGUCAAAAUUGAUUGUCAAGAAAUACGUCUAUGUAUAUCUGCCAAUGAGAACUGCUCAGAAUAUGCGACUCUAAGCCACUGCUGGGGAAAGGCGGAAGUGCUGCGACUCCAAAAGGAUAACUACCAAGCCUUUUUGAGAAAGAUUCCUUAUGAUAAGCUGUGCAAGACGUUCCGCGAUGCAAUAGAUAUUGCAAGAGUCUUGGGCUUCUCAUGGCUAUGGAUUGAUUCAUUGUGUAUAAUACAGGGUGAUUCUGAGGAUUGGAGUAAAGAAGCUUCUCGGAUGGCUACCGUUUACGGAUUAUCAAGUUUGAAUAUUGCAGCCACAGCUGCCCCAGAUGGUACCAUCGGUUGCUUAUUUGAACGAAACUUGAGAUACACGGAAGCGGUUGAGGUUGCAGUGAAGACGAACCAUCAAAAACAGGUCUACAAAAUUGCGCAUUGCGAUUUAUAUCGCCAAAAUGUUGCUGACGCUGCAUUGACAAGACGCGCUUGGGCUGUUCAAGAGCGAAUAUUAGCCCCACGGACCUUACAUUUUACUAAAUCCCAACUCUUUUGGGAAUGUAGAACAAAUCGGGCUUGUGAAACCUUUGUUGACACAUUACCGGAAGCUGUAUGCCAUGACUCGUUAUAUCUACCUAAACAAGAGCUCCAGUCCUGGAGCAAGAUUAUCGAGAUAUACACCCGGUGUUCGUUGACAAAUGAGAGUGAUCGUUUAAUUGCAAUAGGUGGUGUGGCACGACAACACCAAAUGAAAAAUGGUGACAAGUAUUUUGCAGGACUGUGGCAAUCUCGAAUUAAAGAGCAGAUGUGCUGGUAUACCUACAGUAAGCAAUGGCGACAUCCAGGAGAAAACACUUGGCGAGCCCCUUCCUGGUCAUGGGCUGCAGUAAACCAAGAAGUCUCUUUUCCUACAAAGAUGAUUCAUGAAGCAUAUAUCGACGUCACCAAAGUCGACAUAGCUCUUGAAAAUGUCGAAGAUCCAUUUGGAGGUGUUAAGAGCGGAGUUCUGACCAUCCGCUCAAAAUCUAUGAUAAUUCAUGAGAUGGGGUCGCCGCUUAACGAGCAUAGUGACAUAUCAGUUGAUAGACUCUUAUUUAUUGAACCUCGCUUUAUCGUUUGGGAUCGUAGUUGGGAGAGCUAUCGUAAUACAAUUUUAAUAUUAGUUAUUGGGGUCUCCGAGCACUCCAAUUUUAAAGAAAUUAAGGGGCUCUUGCUAAAACAUACCCUUCAAGAAAAUGGGCAAUAUGAGCGUCUAGGUUAUUUCAGCAUCCCCAAUGGUGUACGUGAAUACCGGCUGGUUGGUACAGUCACGUGUCUAGACCAAGAUUAUCAAUUUAAUGAACUGGAUUCGUUAGGAUAUCUCGUCGAUCUCCCUUCUGAAAAGGACUACAUUUCAACUGAUGUGGAUGAAGAUGGAAUUACGUGGUAUACAAUUUCUAUUGUAUGAAGACACAAUGGCAUUACGAUAGGCUGCGCUGCACGUAUGUGGUCUACUCUUGAAGGGUUUUGGGGUAUAUUCCGGGUUUGUUUUUCAACUUGAUCUUCACAUUUCUUGUUGCGUUUGUGUUUUUGUUUUUGUUAUGCUCUUGACAUUUCCACUGCAAGUUUGUUGUUCAGAAAGCUUUGUAUUUCAUAUGUCAGCUUUUAUGACUCGAUGAAGGGGGGAGGGGGGAGGUAGUUAUUCAACACCAAUACAAUGAAAGUGUUGCAGCACACAAACAAGUCUUCCAUGCUACCGGUUUCAAAACUCAAAAUCGAUAAUGGUAGAUGUCAAAAAGAACGAUGAACAUGGAAUUCGAAAGCUAUAGUCUAAUUCUGCUUAAACAUUGUGCUUGAGAACUACAUAGAUCAGGGUAUUCAAUAGUCCAGAUUGCAGUCCAACAAUAUAAGGUUUUGAAUAAUCA